CCCUCGGGAUCUCGCACUCGCAGCCACCAGCCAGAGCCACAGGAUCCCACCGCUCGCCAUGCCGCCUCCGGCCACCACGUACACCAGGUACGAGACGCGCCGCCGCGACCCGGACCCCCGCAGGGCCGCGCUGCUCGUCAUCGACGUGCAGGGCCACUUCGCGACGCUGGCGGCGCCGAUCAUGCCGGCGAUCGCCUCCACCGUCGCGCUCUGCCGCGCCGCGGGCAUGCCCGUCGUGUACACCCGCCACGUCGACCGGGACGCCCCGCGCGGCCGCCCGCUCCGCGAGUGGUGGCCCGGCGACGGCGACCGCAUCGACGCCGGCACGCCCGCGGCCGAGCUGCUCCCGGGCGCCGGGCGCGCCGAGGGGGACCUCGUGGUGGAGAAGGGCACGUACAGCGCGUUCGCCGGCACGGGGCUGGAGGAGGCGCUGCGGCGGGCGGGCGCCGAGGAGGUGGUCGUGGCGGGCGUCAUGACCAACCUGUGCUGCGAGACCACCGCGCGGGACGCCUUCGUGAGGGGGUUCCGGGUCUUCUUCUCCGCCGACGCCACCGCCACGGCCACCCGGGACCUGCACGAGGCCACGCUCGCCAACAUGGCCUACGGCUUCGCCUACCUCAUCGACUGCGAGCGCCUCCAGGCGGCGCUCGGGAAGCCGGAGAAGCAGUGAGGCGAUCCGGAUGCUCUCCGCACCUGUAUCUCUGUAUAUCCAUUGAAGAACUGCAUGCACUUCUGCAUCGCACUCGUUCGCGUGUAUGCCCGAUGCACGCCUUGUGAUCGGAGCUAGCAGCUUUUGUGGGAACAACAGGUACUGUUGACCUGAUGGAUUUAGCUUAUAUGGAUGUAAAUACAUCAGGUCUUCCUUGGAUGUAAAAAUACAUACGUCAUGUGUACGCAAAAAAAUCAUAGCGACGACCGAUUGUGCUAUGUGUUCUUCUCGCUGGAAAUCCGAUUAGGUAGUGUUUAGUUUGAUAUUACUUACUUGUUCAGAUCUCUUUUUUUUUUUGCAACAAAACUUGUUCAGAUUUCUUAUUUUGUGCUUUUGUUUGCUCAAAUAAUGAUGAUGAUGAUGUGUGGGGAGUGA